AUGAGCGCGUCACCAGGCUACGACCCCGCAUUUGCCUCGGCAGGCACGUCGCUCGCCCCUCACGAGGGCAACGCCGACGAUGCCAUCAUCUCGAGCAAAGCCGCUCGAGCCAGCAUCCCGCAGCUCGUCGAUUCAGCCGACCCCUCGGCACUCACGCCUCUCCGAGCGCAUUACCUCAAAAAGACGCUCAUCCGCCUCCAGAUGGAGAAGGAGGUCGCACAGCUCAACACCAAGGAUGCGCUUUCCACCUUUGGGCCCCCCUUUCGUCCUUCGCCUCAGGCGCGCAGGACAGACCUUCCUUUGCUGCGUUUCAUGUUCCAGCACUUUGUCCUCACCUUUCCUUUCCUCCGAUCAGCACCUCCCAACUUCUUUGCGGACAAGGUGCAGGUGUUCUUUGACAAGUUCCUCGAGCGCAACAUCAGCAGCACAGACGAUCGCGACGAGUCGACAAAACGUCGUAGACUCACAAACAAGAUCGAAAAAUACUUUGUCCUUCUUCUCGGCUCCGCCAUCAAGGUAAGGAACGUCGGCGAGGAUGUCGUUCGCAUCUCCGACCGUGACCGCCUCCGCAUGAGUGCCGUCGAAGCCCGCCGCAAGGCUGCAUUAGGACGCGCCGCCGCUUCCCCUCGAUCCUCGUCCAAGCAUCUUGACGUGCCCAGCGAUGGCCGUCCCUCCUCAUCCCAUUCGGCCUCCUCGUCUACCUCUUCGCUCAACCAAAGUGCAGGCUUUGACAUCAACGUCGUAUCCGUGCGCAAUGUGGUCACAAAAGGGAGGAUCCGCAGCCGCGCUCACGAGGAAUUUAUCAUCCGCACUCGCUCAGGCUACGGCCAGCCAGACAUCUACGUCUCACGGCGCUACGGCGACUUUGCCAGGCUCGCAGAGACACUGCGAGUCGAGUACCCGGAGGAGGACGUCCGUCUUCCGCCUCCCAAGGAUCGAACCAACACCGACAUUUCAGACCCCUAUCAGCGACCGUCCGUAGAUGCCUCGUCAUCAGCCCUCGAAGACGGCGAUCCGCGUGCGUCGACCGACUCCAGCGGUCAACCACGCAUUCCGUUGCCCACCGGUCCUCUCGCGAGGGAGAAGAACCGUCUCACACUACGCGCAUAUCUUCGUUCCCUUCUAGCAAGCCGCGCAGUGGCGGAGAGCGCCCUCCUCAUGGAUUUCCUGACCGCAGAACCCACCAAGCUAACACCGGCAGAGGAGGAGGAUGCGGCCAUCAGAGAAGGCCUCGACCACGUGCGUGAAGAAGAACACAAGCGCUUCGCCGACGAAGCCGCAAAACGUGCACAGGAGCUCCAGGCGCAUCUCAAGGACUUCAAGCAGGACUUGAUCCAGCACGAUGGACUCACGCGCAUCUUUGCCACCAUCAAGUCGACCCCGCGCAUCGAGGACCUGCCCGAAAAGUACAAGGCGCUGCUCAAGUGGGGCCGCAUCAGCCUCGCCUCCACCAUCUUCCAGAUCUUCAUGGGCAGCGACAACUCGUCCGAGAUCUUUUCGCAGAUGAAGCGCAUGCAUGGCAUGAUGCCCUACUUUAUGCUGCGCGGCAUCCUGCGCAUCUCCAAUCCCAUGGCCAUGGUCAGAGGAGUGCUCGACAUCUUUCUGGCACAGCCCUUCGGUCAGCGUAGCUUGCUCCAGCGCAUGUUCUCCAGCAGCCUGCAGGAUGAGGUGCGAGAACUCAACGAAGUAUGCACGGCCAUCGCAGCCAAGGUGGAUGACCCAGUCAUUUGCGAGAAGGUCCGCCUCUUCGUCUAUGCACCCUCCGAGGUUCAGGCUCUCUACCGCAAGGAUGCUGACGAGGAGCGUCUCGACCUGCUCACCACCAUUCUGCGCUCGCCUGAAGCCCCGUCGCUGGGUCGCUCGCAGAUCCAUCGCGUGGUCAAGGCGAGUCAAGCCUACGAGGUGUACAAGGAGUACCGGCGAGGACUCAAGAAUCCAGAUCUCGAAGACGAAGGACCCCAGGACGACGACGCCUGGUUGUACGAGGACCUGCAUGUCUUGAUCAAGAUGCUCACGCGCAAGCGCGACAAGGAGCAGCUCAUCUCGCUCAUCUUUGAGGGUGUCACCGCCGAGCUGCUUAAGGACAUGGUCACAAUCUUCUAUUCGCCGCUCGCCCAGGUGUACAAGCUCGCCAACAUUGCAGAUAGUCUCUCGGACCUGCAGGCUUUCAUCACCGACCUCAUCAAAACGGUGGAAGCGAACGAAGAGCUUAGCUACACGGACCCGACCAGGACGGUGCAAGUGUUUGUCGACUUGGUCGAACGGCAUGAAGGACGAUUCUACAACUUUGUGCAUCAAGUACACUCGAAAGGCUCGGGACUCUUCGAUGGUCUCAUGCAUUGGAUCGAGCUGUUCAUCAACUUUGUCCGCGGCAACGAACGCUCGGCGGAUGCUGUUUCGCAGGCGGCGGGUCAAGCGGAGACCGACGCGGCGAAGCCUGCACAGCAGCAAGGAGGCAUCGGCGAGGUGGAUCUGGAAAUCUGCAUGCCUGCCGGAGGCGAGGAGCGCAAGCGGGCGCUCGACGAGAUCGACUCGCUUGUGCUGUAUGCCUACCGACUCAAAUUUGUUCGCGAGCUCAAGCUGCGCCGCAAGCUGGCAGAUCGCGAGGUUGCCGGUCUGGCUGGCAAGCUGAUCGGUGCAGAGAACAAGCGCCGGACCGAUGGCCUUACCGAGGAGGACGAUUCUGCCUUCGUCGGCGCCAUGGUCGAGAACCUCGGCGUGGGCGACAUCUUCACGGGUGAGGUGGCCGAUGCCGAGGCAGAAGAGGAUGAGCUGGACACGUCGGACGAAGAGGACUCGGACGAGGAGGAGUUCGGUCAGGGGCGCGCGCAUUCGGGCGAUAGGCCGCCGCUGAGGCGUCAGUCUUCCAGCGACACGGAUGCCGAAGGGGAGGAGGACGAAGCAGCGCCGAGGUGGAGACCAACACCAUCCCGUCAGACGACGCUGACACCAGGAAACAUGCAACACGCAACCAAGGAUCUUCCGCCAACGCCGCAGGAAGCCAGGCCGGCCGCCGACGGCAAUGAUGCCGAAAAGACACGCAAGCGUCGCAAGAUCCCAGCUCCCAAGGCACCGGAGCUCAAGGUGCUGCCCGAGAUGCUGCCUCUGUUCGUCGAAAUGGUGCGACCGCUGCUGCGUCCGGCGAGGACCGCAAGCGCUUCGAGCUUCCGAUCUAAUAGCUACGACCCGUACGCCCAACAGGCCGGUUCGGAUCUGCAGAUGCCUCCGCUGGCUGCCACUGGAAGCGGUAACAUUUCAGGACUGUCUCAGGGCCUGCGCAACAUGGACCUGGCUUCCACAUCGUCGCCUACCUCCUACGUCUCGUCGCCUUUCUCUGGCCGUGGCGGGUCCGCAGAUGGAGAAACGCGCCGUCAGGGAUCGGGCUCGGACCGCCUUCCUGGCGAGUACAAGUGGUGA